AUGGAAACACAAAAGCAAGCCAAGGCAAUGGAAAAGGUUGGUCUUUACUCACCUCGCACCAUCAACCAAGGCAUUGAAGGGCCUCCGCAAGGUGCUGCUUCCAUCUCCCGGAAUAAAACUUACGCCAAGCCGAAAACAUACGCCAAACUGUGGAAAGUGUUAUACAUCACUGAAGGUAGCAUUGUGACGAUUGCGAUUCUGGUGAAGGCAGGCACACUGUACCACAAGGCGUUACUCAAAUUCUACAACGACAUCAUCUUCAAGGCACAAACAGACAAUAACACAGUGGCGCUGAUCAAUGACGACAACAGCAGUGGCCUCGAGGAAGCAUUCACCAGGCUCACCCUCACCCCAACCACCAGCACCCCGGGCCAAGCCAGCCACUCUGGUGCUCAUGUGUUGAAGAAGACCCCUCGUGACCUCAUUUAUUUACGCAUACGUCUUGUUUGCACCUCCUCGAUCAAUUCAGUAAAACUUCCACCGCUUACACUUACACCCACUUACGUCCCUUAUUCCCGACCAUCCUAUAAGUACGAGGACUUUAUUUUCCCUCCACCUCAGUCAUCACCACAUCCGUGUCUGACUGAGAUCCUCGUUAUGGGCCCCGUUGCGUUCUAA